UGCUUAUUUUCAUUCAUAAUUUCGGUCACUUCUUUUCACAAAGGUGAGACGUCUAAGCAUCAUGAAAAGCUUGUAAAAAGGGUCUAGCUCUCCUCUUCCUUCCGUUCCACCCACAUUCUCUUCCUUUUUACUUAUCAUUGAUAUGUAUCUUCCUUUGUCAAUUUUCUCUUUGUCUGUAUGUGGCGGCGCUUGGGACAUCAAGGAAAAUCUAACCCCAGUCAAAGUCUUUGCCACCCUCCAAUAUAGGAAGAAAUCAGUUUUAACUUUUAUCUUUUUCUUCUUGUUCUUCUUCUUUAUCUGAUUUGUUUAUUAGGUUAAUCUUUAUUGGGGAUUUUUCACACAGGGAUAGAAGAUGAUAUAUUUUACACUUCACACACUAUUAUAGGACGCAGGACAUUUUUCACACAGGGAUAGAAGAUGAUAUAUUUACACUUCACACACUAUUAUAGGACGCAGGACAUUUUCCACUCGGGAUGGGAAGAAUUAUUCACUUGACGCCUUUCCUUGCCGCCAGUGCACCCCUACACUUUUACAAUUAUCCUGCCGCAAGUUCAAGUUGAUACACAUAAACACGCUCAGUGACGUAUAGACUGGAAAGUCGGUCUUUAAUUAUGAUCAUGAUUGAACAUAAUUAUCCAUCAUUUACAGCUGUACUAGUGUUAUUACAAUAUUGAACACGUUCAAAAAGUAAUAUAAUAUAGAAAUCAUAUAACUGUAACUGUCGAAUUAACAAGGGAGAGAAAGAAGGUAAACAGUAUCGCCCGCCGUCCUACCCCACCCCGGCACUUGAAUAGGAUCAAAUUAGAUAUCUAUAUUUACUUUAAACAAAAAAUUAGUAUUUCGCAUAAUACUUUUAGAAAAUAUUUAAAUUUUGACAGUAGUCGCAGGAAAUUAAUUCUACAUAUGCAUUGUAAAUAGACGGAUAUAACACUUUUAUUCUGCUCGAACAGGCGCGGUCUCUUUUUCUAACUAUCUAGAAUUAAUCACAAUUGUUUGUCUUUCUUCAUCUCAUCUUUCUUUGCUCUUACCACACUCAUUUAUUUUAGGAUUUUUUUCUGUCUUUCUUUCUCUGUCUCUGUAUCUGCCUCCCCCUUUUCUCUCUCUCUGUUCCCUUGAUUUAAAAGCCUAAGUAGAUGUUGAUAAUGUUAUAUUAAUUACCGUAAGAAUAUUUAAAAAAAAGACACGUCAUCUAUACUUGAUAAAACUAUUCAAUUUAUUCAACCUGUUCUGUCACAUCACCAGAUUGAGAACCUUGGGCACGUGAACCCAGGUCUGAGUUCUGCUGAACUGGAUAUGCCCACUGUGACGCUGAGUGAUGAGUUCCACUCAACGAUGGCCUCUGAGGCAUUAAGAUCAAUGAUUGAGGAGCUUACGCAAGAAAUGGCAAAACUGGGUUCUGCUGCAUCAUCUCAUUACGCGAGAGCUCUCUGCUCUAUGCCAAAUCUUCGAUCACUGUGUCUCAACCGUAUAAACCUGAGUGACGAGUUCUACUCGACGAUGGCCUCUGAGGCAUCAAGAUCAAAGAUUGAGGACAUAACGCACAUGAACCCAGGUCUGAGUUCUGCUGCAUAUUAUUGCCCCACUGUGACGCUAAGUGAUGAGUUCGACAUAACGAUGGCCUCUGAGGCAUUAAGAUACAAGAUUGAGGAGCUAAAGCACGAUACGGUAAAACUGGGUUCUGCUGCAUCCUCUCAUUACGCGAGAGGUCUCUGCUCCAUGCCAAAUCUUCGAUCACUGUAUCUGUACAAUGUGAAGCUGAGUGAUGAGUUCUACUCGACGAUGGCCUCUGAGGCAUCAAGUUCAAAGAUUGGGCAGGUAACGCACGAUACGGCAAAACUGGGUUCUGCUGCAUCCUCUCAUUACGCGAGAGCUCUCUGCUCUAUGCCAAAUCUUCGAUCACUGAAUCUCGACUGUAUGAAGCUGAGUGAUGAGUUCUACUCAACGAUGGCCUCUGAGGCAUCAAGAUCAAAGAUUAAGAGGCUACAGCACUGGAACACGGAUAUGAGUUCUGCUUCACUGCAUAUGCCCUAUGUGACGCUGAGUGAUGAGUUCCACUCAACGAUAGCCUUUGAGGCAUUAAGAUCAAAGAUUGAGGAGCUGGAGCACGAGACGGCAAAACUGGGUUCUGCUGCAUCCUCUCAUUUCGCGAAAGGUCUCUGCUCCAUGCCAAAUCUACGAUCACUGAAUCUGAACCGUGUUACGCUGAGUGAUGAGUUCUACUUGACGAUGGCCUCUGAGGCAUCAAGAUCAAAGAUUAAGAACCUAACGCACGAGAAUGCAGAUCUGGGUUCUGUUGCAUCGUCUCAUUACGCGAGAGGUCUCUGCUCCAUGCCAAAUCUUCGAUCACUGCGUCUCGACAGUGUGAAGCUGAGUGAUGAGUUCUACUCGACGAUGGCCUCUGAGGCAUCAAGAUCAAAGAUUGAGACGCUAAAUCACAUGACGGCAGACCUGGGUUCUACUGCAUCCUCUCAUUACGCGAGAGGUCUCUGCUUCAUGCCGAAUCUUCGAUCAUUAAAUCUGUUCAGUGUGAAGCUGAGUGAUAAGUUCUACUCAACGAUGGCCUGUGAGGCAUCACAAUCAAAGAUUGAGGGGCUAUAUCACUACAACGCGGAUCUGGGUUUUGCUGCAUCCUCUCAUUACGCGAGAGGUCUCUGCUUAAUGCCAAAUCUUCGAUCACUGAAACUGGCCGAUGUGAAGCUGAAUGAUAAGUUCUACUCGUCGAUGGCCUCUGAUGCAUCAAAAUCAAAGAUUGAGACGCUAAGGCACCGUGAUGCAGAUCUGGGUUCUGCUGCAUCCUCUCAUUACGCGAGAGGUCUCUGCUCCAUGCCAAAUCUUCGAUCACUGGAGCUGGACUGUGUGAAGCUGAGUGAUGAGUUCUACUCGACGAUGGCCUCUGAGGCAUCAAGAUCAAAGAUUGAGGAGCUAGAGCACAGGACGGCAGAUCUGGAACCUGCUGCAUCCUCUCAUUACGCCAGAGGUCUCUGUUUCAUGCCGAAUCUUCGAUCACUAAAUCUGUUCAGUGUGAAGCUGAGUGAUAAGUUCUACUCAACGAUGGCCUCUGAGGCAUCAAGAUCAAAGAUUGAGAAGCUAAAGCACAAGACGGCAGAUCUGGGUUCUCAUGCAUCCUCUCAUUACGCGAGAGGUCUCUGCUCUAUGCCAAAUCUUCGAUCACUUGGUCUGAACAUUGUGAAGUUGAGUGAUGAGUUCUACUCAACGAUGGCCACUGAGGCAUCAAGAUCAAAGAUUGAGGAGCUAUCGCACAAGACGGCGGAUCUGGGUCCGGCUGCAUCCUCUCAUUAUGCGAGAGGUCUCUGCUUCAUGCCAAAUCUUCGAUCACUAAAUCUCAACCAUGUGAAGCUGAGUGAUGAGUUCUACUCAACGAUGGCCACUGAUGCAUUAAGAUCAAAGAUUGAGAAGCUAAAGCAUCAUUCCGCAGAUGUGGGUUCUGCUGCAUCCUCUUAUUACGCGAGAGGUCUCUGCUUCAUGCCAAAUCUUCGAUCACUGAAUCUGAGCAGUGUGAGGCUGAGUGAUGAGUUCUUCUCAACGAUGGCCACUGAGGCACCAAAAUCAAAGAUUGAGGAGCUAACGCACGAUACGGCAAAACUGGGUUCUGCUGCAUCCUCUCAUUUUGCGAGAGGGCUCUGCUCUAUGCCAAAUCUUCAAUCACUGUAUCUGGACGAUGUGAAGCUGAGUGAUGAGUUCUACUCGACGAUCUCCACUGAGGCAUCAAGAUCAAAGAUUGAGAAGCUAAAGCACAAGACGGCGGAUCUGGGUCCGGCUGCAUCCUCUCAUUAUGCGAAAGGGCUCUGCUUCAUGCAAAACCUUCGAUCACUGUUUCUGGACGAUGUGAAGCUGAGUGAUGAGUUCUACUCGACGAUCUCCACUGAGGCAUCAAGAUCAAAGAUUGAGAAGCUAAAGCACAAGACGGCGGAUCUGGGUCCUGCUGCAUCCUCUUAUUACGCGAAAGGGCUCUGCUCCAUGCAAAACCUUCGAUCACUGAAUCUGGACAGUUCAGAGCUGAGUGAUGAGUUCUACUCAACGAUGGCCACUAAUGCAUCAAGAUCAAAGAUUGAGGACCUAACGCACCUUGGCUCGGAUCUGGGUUCUGCUGCAUCCUCUCAUUACGCGAGAGGUCUCUGCUUUAUGCCAAAUCUUCGAUCACUGGAGCUGAACAGUGUGAAGCUGAGUGAUGAGUUCUACUCAACGAUGGGCUCGGAGUCAUCAAAAUCAAAGAUCCAGACGCUCAGUAUGGGGCAUGUUUCCAUAACUCCAUGUCGACUACAAUCCAUUCUCUCGCUAUCACGCCUCCAGUCACUCAGCUUGAGGGAUAUCAGUCGAGUUGACAUGGACGAUAGAGAGAUACUGACUCGUCAAAUAACCUCAGUAGAUGAGCUAUCUGUGGAUGGUGAGCAUGUGACCAGUCUGUGGAAUCUUGGACUUCAUACAUCAUGUCCCCGAGUGAAAACUCUCAAACUUGACUGGUCAAGAUGGGAAGAUGUCUCAUCAGAUAUCGUUACUAUGGCCUGCUGUCCAUUCCAUCAUCUAACUCACCUUCACAUCCAGGGAAAUUCAUUUCAUCUAACUUCUACUACACUGAAUGAUCACGUGUCAUUCUGCAAGGGAGUUGAAACAUCAUGUCCUCGACUCACCAAGCUGUACAUUUCCUAUAUUGACCUGUACACCAAGGCAGCUGAAAUCAUCAAACUCAUGAAGAUGCAUCCGCACCUAACAAGCAUAGAGUUGAAUAUGUGUCAUACGAGCGCGGAUCUGGAUCCACUGAUUUCUGAGGUAAACAGUGAAGGCAAGCUGACUGUCACCGUGAAACAUGGUGUGUGUGAGGAUAGUACAACGGUCAGGUAAUAUGUGGUUUGGCCGUCAAGCAACAACGUAUCAACGUUGGAAGAUGAUCCUCAUCAGACCCCGUGAUGGCAGCAGACUACUACGGACUUCAAAAAAUAACUUGUCAAGUGAGGCGGUAACCAGGCUACCCGAAUAACUAAUUAUACUAACUGAAAGGAUAUCUAAAGUUAAAAUGCAUGGAAUAUAGUAUUAUUAACAUUAGAAUACUUAUGCCCUUUUUCGAUACUUUGAAUUAAUAACUUUAUAAUGAUGUUGAAGCAUAUGGAGAAUGUCGAUUUAUUUUGGGGGCGAUUUUUAAUUUUCUGCAGCCUCUUCGAAAGUACUUUGACCUAAUCAAAGCAUUUGAGAGAGAGAAAGAGAGAGAGAGCGUGCAUGUAGAUGGAAGCCAGCAUUAAUAAGGAAUUAAAAACAGAUAGAUUUACCAGAAAAGAAAUCCGGGUAGAGAAGAGGAAUAAGAGAAAACAAUGCAACACACAGCAAUCAUGUUUUUAUUUACUAGAAUGAAUUGUCAUUCCAAAAAGGAUAAACAACUUAAUGGCUCAGUAUUUUUCUCCUUGAAUCUGGAAGCAUGGUAUAGAAAAAGAUGCCUUCGCCCUAAAUUAUCUUGAUUGACUAAUUAAGCUCCUGUAUUUAUUGUUUCAGUAUACGUAUCAUCGUGAAGACUCGACUAAAAUAUCAAAUGGCUAAGGGCGGCAAUUGAUUUGUCUUUAGUUUAGAUUUCAUUUUAUGGCAUGUAUCCAGUUCUGAAAAGAAGUACAUGUAAGGAGUAUACCAUGAUACCAUCAGUUUACAUAUAUUAAAACCAGAAACUUAUUUCAAUCAAGCUUCAAGGUAAGCAAAAGUUUGACGGCUUGUGAACCCUUAUCAUUUUACAUAAUCAUAAAAGGGGGUUCGUAGUGAUCAAAAUUUGGGUUAUAAUGUUAAAACAAUCUAUUCCAAUACAACCUAGAGCCUACAAUAUACAGGUUUAACUCAACAAAAUAUGCUUUUACUUAGGCUUCUUCAUUUCUUCUUUUCUAAUUUUCCUUACAUAAUAUUAUGUAAGUCCUUAGUUUACAAGUAACUACAAACCAAUAAAAGUUAUGUGAUAACCUAUAUGAACUUAUUUUAUAUCCAAAAAGAAAUUGUACUGUUACUAUCAUUACAUUUCUGGUAAGUAAAACUGACAAUGCAGAACGUGAAAUGUGUAAUAUGAAAUGAAUCGAACAGAAGCGAUCUGAUUUGAACAAUUCUAAACUCUCUAUAGAUUGUUUGAUAAACAAUUCCAACCAUUUUCUGAGUACUCAUAUUGGAUAGACUGUAAUGAUCAUAACACAUUUAUAUCGCAUUGCACUAUCAUAACAAGGUCAUCAGGAAUCUAAUCCUUUAGGGUCUGUUGAUAUAUCCUUCAUCACGAUAAUACAUGUGUUCUGUAAGAAUUUUCGGUAUACCUGGAGGAUUUAUUUCAUGAACUACGGGUAACGUAAUUUGUUUUGACUUUUCCUUCCUGUAUACCUGACAAUUCAUCCGUUAUCAAGAAAGAUUGUUAAAAAUACCGUGUGUAGCUUUAGACUUAUUUCUGUCCUAUCCAAUCAUUACUUGCUUUUGAAAUUAAAGUAUUGAACAUAUUUGUUUUCUAAAUGUAAUCGUUUCUUUAUACGAUGUACAAAAACAUGAUAAAGUAUUCGAUAUGUAUAUGACUGUGUGUAAAUAUAUUAUA